AAAGAUUUUUUUUUAUUAUUAUUACAUACACCCUUUAGAUUUAUUUGUCAUAAUUAUAGAAAUCUUAUUUAAACUGCGAUAAAAAACAAUAUGAAAUACAGACUUAUUGUACUCAAAUAAACUAAUUAAAUUUUUUUUUCUGGCAAAGCAGCUAACAUAUCUAAUAUAAAUGCUUUAUGAUAGAAUGUCGCGGCUUCCAGAGCCACCCUUUUAUUAUUUUUUUUUUCGGAGAAAAAAAAAAAAUAAUAAAAGCAAAUUUUCCAAAAAAGCAAAUAAAAGAAAAAGCAAAUAAGCUGGAGGUCGUGCGUUUGUCAGAACCGGCCUCCGGGUCUCGGGAUUUCGCUAUAAAUAGUGCAAAUAAUAAAGCUCUAUCAUAUGGAAAUUGUCCAGAUUGUAAAAGCCAACGAACUUCCACUGCAUGGUGUAAAAUUUGCGAUAUUUCAAAUUUGAAAGGAAAAUUUUAUAGUUGGACCAGCGGAAACUCUAUGAUAGAUGAAUUCAUCCAGUACACUCAAUUAAAUGCAAAUGACAGUACGGACUACCUUGAGUGGAUUGAUUUUAAUCAAUUCGACUUAGUUGAGAAUACUAAUAAACGAGGUGCUUUUAGCUCAAUUUAUUCUGCAAUAUGGAUGGAAGGCCCAAGUUGGAAUUUGGACGAAGAAACCGAAGUAUGGACUCGUAAUGGUCUAACUAAAGUCAUCCUAAAGCGAUUUGAUAAUUCCCAGAACAUAAAUCAAGAGUUCGUAAAUCAAUUAUAUAGAUAUUAUAAAUGUUUACAAAGUGGAUCACUUGCAGAUUAUUUUGGCAUGACUAAAGAUCUGACAUCGUGUUACAUGUUCGUUAUGAGAUAUUAUGAAAAUGGAAAUUUAUAUUCGUAUCUUGACGAAUCCAUGGGAGUCCUUUGCUGGAGAGAUAUCGUAGAUAUGUUAUGGGCAAUAUCAGCUGGUCUUAAUUUUAUUCAUGAACGUGAUCUCAUUCAUGGAAAUUUGCACGGAGGGAAUAUACUAGUUGAGAACGAAAUGGAUUCAAUAGAUACUAAAAUUGCAGACACAGGAUUACACGGUCAUGUUGAUAAUCAAAUAUCUUCUAAACAAAUUUACGGCGUAAUACCAUUCGUUGCUCCCGAAAUCUUAAAUGGAUAUACACUAACCAAAGAGUCUGAUAUAUACAGCUUCGGUAUGAUUAUGUGGAUGCUAUCAGCUGGUGUACGCCCUUAUUGUGAUAGACCUCAUGAUUCACAACUUAUACAAGAGAUUUGUUCAGGAACCAGACCGAACAUAGUCAGUGGAACUCCACCUAUUUUCACUAAAUUAAUGUUGCAGUGUUUGGAUGCUGAUCCAUCCAAUAGACCAGCAGCAUCACAGCUUUGCGAAUAUUUAGGAAAUUGGUUUAUAGCAAUUUGUGAUGACCCUGAUCCAUCCGAAUUAUCAAAUCAAUUCAAUGCCGCAGAAGAAGCUAAAUUCGCAAAUAGAGAUAAAUUAAGAUUUAAUAUUAUACUGCGUCAUGAAAAUGCCAUUUAUUUUAGUCGCCCCUAUAUACUACUGUCGACCAUUAAGUUUUUCGGAACUUUUUUAUAUGGAAAAAUGUAAAAGGGGAUCGUUUAUCGUAUCGCGAAUUCGUUAUCAUUCAUCUUUUGCAUGAAUACAGAUACUGUCGUUAGUAAAAUUACGGUAAGAGAAAAUUGGCCUUUAUCGAAAAUACCUUUAUUUCCGUUUAACACCGGUUCGUUAUAUGUAAAUUCCUUUUCUUUGUUCCUCCAAAUUUCGUUUUAUUCGUUUCUUUUUUCGUUCGUGAAAAUCACAAAAUCACAAACUAAAUCGUAAUAUUAAUAUUAACAUUUAUGGUAAAUUCUCUUCGAACGUUUUUAUGUAAUUAAUUAUGUAAUCCACACAAUUUUUUAAGAAUCUUCAACAAAAAUUUAAUUAAGAUUAAUUUGACAACUUUUC